AUGAGCAAGUUCGUCGUGUUGACAGUUUUGGCCGUCUCCGCCGUUUUCUUCGCCGGUGCCCUGGCCGAUUACGCUCCACCAAAGUACGAGGCACCGAAGUACCACGCACCAGCUGCAGCUCCUUCCUACCACGCACCGGCUCCAGCCUACCACGCACCGGCUCCUGCCUACCACGCACCGGCUCCGGCACCGUCCUAUCACGCACCGGCACCAGCUUACCACUCCGCUCCGGUCAAGUGCGGUGCUAAUCUGAUGGUCGGAUGUGCUCCCACCAUUGCCCACGUACCGUGCGUUCCCUCGCAUGGUGGCGGUGGAUAUGGCGGUCACAGCAGCCACGGCAGCUCCGGCGGUCACGGUGGGUACCGCAGUGGUGCAGAGGCCGAAUCCUUCGAUCAGAUGGAAUAGACGCGGAAUGAUCUGACACCGUCGUUGUUGGCGGACGGUUCAUGAUUACGAAAUACUCGCCGGCGGCCUGGAGGUGGAACAAGAGACUGAACACGAGAUGGUACAGCGUUUCGAUUUAGGUGCACAGAUAAUUCAUUUUGCUAAAUUGAAUAAAUUAUUAUUUAAAACUA